UUUUACGUUUUUCGCAGCUUUUAUCAUUCAAAAGAACGCGAAAAUUUCGGCUUGGUUUAUUUACUCGAAUUUUAAUCUCGUCAUACUUUUUAAGAAAUUAAUGAAAAUUUCCUCCAGAAAUAAUAAGAAAAUAUAUCGAACUUCAUUCUUCCAGUAAAGGCGCUCCGCCACAGCCGCUAGAAAAGAAGACAAAGAUCACAAAAAAGAAGAAUAGUCACCGCUGCCCCAACAAAAUCUGCUGAUGAUGGUUCCCAUCGGAGGUCCCGUGGGCCAUGGUGGCCAUCCUAUUCAUAUUCCGACACCCAUCCAACAGAAUGCACCACCCCCUUCGCAGAGUCAGCACGCCCCUUCCAGUCAGAAUCGACAGUCGCUUUCCGUGCAGAAACCAAAUUACACUCUCAAAUUUACCCUUGCCGGUCACACUAAAGCCGUUUCCGCAGUAAAAUUUAGUCCGAACGGUGAAUGGUUGGCCAGCUCCUCCGCGGACAAGUUGAUUAAAAUAUGGGGUGCCUAUGAUGGCAAAUUUGAAAAAACGAUCUCUGGCCAUAAACUAGGGAUUAGUGAUGUGGCGUGGUCCAGCGACAGCCGGUUGUUGGUGACCGCCAGCGAUGAUAAAACUUUGAAGAUAUGGGAACUGAGCUCGGGGAAGUGUCUGAAAACGCUGAAAGGACACACAAACUACGUGUUCUGUUGCAACUUCAAUCCUCAGAGCAAUUUGAUCGUGUCGGGAUCAUUUGACGAGUCGGUUCGAAUUUGGGACGUCCGGACGGGAAAGUGCCUCAAGACACUUCCUGCUCAUUCCGAUCCGGUAUCAGCGGUGCAUUUCAACCGAGACGGUUCGCUGAUUGUAUCGUCCAGUUACGAUGGCCUGUGUCGUAUCUGGGAUACGGCUAGCGGACAGUGUCUCAAGACGCUUAUCGACGAUGACAAUCCACCGGUUUCGUUUGUAAAGUUUUCGCCGAACGGGAAGUACAUAUUGGCUGCAACGUUGGACAACACAUUGAAGCUGUGGGAUUACUCGAAGGGCAAGUGUCUGAAAACGUACACUGGCCAUAAGAAUGAAAAGUAUUGCAUCUUCGCCAAUUUUUCGGUAACCGGUGGAAAGUGGAUCGUUUCUGGCAGUGAGGACAAUAUGGUGUACAUCUGGAAUCUGCAAAGCAAGGAAAUCGUCCAAUGCUUACAGGGUCAUACGGAUACGGUUCUCUGCACUGCAUGUCACCCGACAGAGAACAUUAUUGCAUCGGCGGCACUCGAGAACGAUAAGACGAUAAAACUCUGGAAGAGCGACACAUAAAAUUGGGCCCGCAGAUAGUUGGCCGGGGGCUCGGCAAGGUCUCAGUGGAGCAAUGGCUUCGUAGCUACUACCUCCACUACCAACUAUCCGGUAUGGUACUGAAAAGCACCAACACGUGAGAAUAAUUGAAUUCGAUGGACAGAACAUUGUUAGCCAUAAGCGUAAAACUAUAAGGUAGGGAGAUAAACUUCAACUACUCAGCCCUAACUCUACAUUAAAUAUCGAUGGUAAUGUUAGAUUGUAUUCUAUAAGACGUUUGACUUUAAUGUAAGUGGAAUAAAUGGAGAAUGAACUUA